AAUAAAUGAGAAUAAUUUAGCUAAAAUGAAGAAAACCCAUUUUCGGUUUUAUUGUUCAUAAUGGUACCUACAAUAAAAUUAGUUUAUUCUCAGUCACUUCGUUUGAGGCUGGUACGGCUUUUGUCGAUAAAUUAAAUGUAAAAUUGCACACCUACUUCAGGAAAUCGAUAAAAAUAUGUUAUUAAGUUUUAUCGCACCCAACAACAACUUGUGAAACAUAGACCAACUUGUUUAUUUGUGUUUAUAUAAUCGAAACCUGUAUUUAUUCACAAAAAGCAAAAAGUUAAUCUUGGCCUUUUUCGCAAAUUCUUUACUGCGAAUCUGGUUGAAGAAGAAUUGAAGGAAUGUUGUUGUAAAUCUGUCCACACGAUAAGUGGAUUGCCCCUGGAUACCACGAGUUUAGUGCAAUGUUCAACCGUCAAGAUGCUAGAACGGACAUGUUUGCUCCUUUUCAUUGUGCACGCUUUUGCCUAUGCCAAUGAUGUACUGCCAGAAGCACCUAAUUGUGGACAUCAAAUAAUUGAUUCGGCCAUGGAACUAAGACGCGUUGCUCAGGAAGGUGAAUUCCCAUGGACAGUCUUACUAAAAUAUGAUGGUGCUCAUCCGUACAGAUGUGUGGGUUCUUUAAUUAACGACAGAUAUGUACUGACGUCGGCGGUGUGCGUCAGUGCGAAAAAUUACAUAAUGAUUGGAGUGGUAGUUGGUGUACAUCGUUUACACGAAGACGCCCGUAGUAAGUUCUACGGAAUAGAAAUGGUAAUUCGGCAUGAACACUUUGAAGAUGGAAAAAAUCAAUUCGAUCACGAUAUUGCGCUGAUCAAGGUAAACGAUACUGUUAAAUAUUCAGGUUAUGUACAACCGAUCUGUCUAUCAAAAUCAGCAUCAUUACUACAACCAGAAGAUAAAGUGAUUGUGACUGGAUGGGGUAUGAAUGCUGAGGGCGAUCCAGUGGACACUAAAAAGGUGAUAAUUCGUCGCGUUAUCGCUGACGAUGUUUGCAAAGAUAAGUUUGCCAAGUACAGUGUUACUGUUGGCGAUGGUUGUCUUUGCACUGACACUCUGAAGGGUUUCAAGGAUUACAGUUGUGCCGGUGACGGGGGCGCUCCUGUUGUUGUUAAAAGUGGUGGAACAUGGUACCAAGUCGGCAUAGUUUCAUUUGGUGGUACCUGCGGCCACGAUUUCCCAGAUGGCAACACCAGAAUCUCUAAAUACAUUCCGUGGAUAACUUCCAAUUUAGUUUAAAAUCGUUGUUUGAUGUUCUGACGCAAUUGCCAAUGGGUAUGUGCGGUUCAUUUAUCUAAUUGGUGUAUUAAAGUACUUCAUCCGA